CGGCUUCUCACGAAUAAGAUCGAAAUACUUAUUCCUCGUUCAGGGUCACAUGUGGCCAACUUUGAGUUAUGGUGGUAUCGGUUGCCGAUCACCUUGUGCCGGCGCCAGAAAAACGUGAAUCCUUCGAACGAGCGCUCACCAUCGUUUCCCAAGGGGGCCGCUGCUUGCAGGCCGCUUCAUCAUUGAUUCAACCACGUGUAUAGGCGCAUGUAGUACAUACGCACGUAUACGUGUAUUCGUGACAUUCACGCUCGCAGUCUUUCCUGUUUCAUUCCCGCGGCACCGAAUCAGUAAGCAGUGUGACGCCGAGCAAAGCAUUUCGCUGGUUUCCAGAGAAUUUCUCAUUCGACGAUGGUGUUUCAUCGGUCCAAUUAGAUCGCAGUUGAUCGAGAGGAGAAAACAUUCUCGAAGAAUUGAGAUCGAAGCAGAAACAGCGAGCCAGGCGCUCGGCGGCUGCGUAAAUGGCCAAGAGUCUCCGUGUAACAGGUGUACAAGAAGGAUUACUCUGAUGACGCCUUAAAUCCAAACAGCGAAGGGAACGACACGAAAGAAAGAUGGAAAUCCUGGGCGUGAAGUUUGCGCCGUUAAACGUGUCCCUGAGACGAAGACUCGAGACACUUUCGGCAGCGACAUGGAUCGUUUUCUUUGCAUUUGGGGAUUUCUUCGGGUAUGCUAUCACCGCUUAUCUCCUCUUCUGCACGGAGACUCUACGGUAUUUCAUUCUGCUCUACUUCGUCUGGAUGUAUUACGACUGGGACACGUGUAAUCGAGGCGGUAGAAGGGAAUGGUACACGAGAUGGCUGAGAAAGUGCACGUGGCUCCGUUACUUUUGCAACUAUUUUCCCAUCAAAUUAGAGAAAACCGUUGAUCUGGAUCCGAACAAGUCCUACUUGUUCUGCAGCUUUCCCCAUGGAAUUCUAGCGAUAGGAACUUUCGGUGCUUUCGGAACGGAUUGUCUCGGCUGCAAGGAAAUGUUUCCUGGACUGGACUUCCGGGUCAUUAUUCUGGACCAACACUUCAGAAUCCCUCUGUUCCGCGAAUACGCUUCUAUGAACGGUGGCGUCAGCAGCACCGCAGAAAGUUUAAACUAUCUCCUAUCGACGAAGCCUGAACCGCCAUUCACUGGAAGAGGAACAGUUUUAAUCGUCGGUGGAGCGUCGGAAACUUUCGAAUGUAAACCAGGCACUUAUCGUAUCCUCGUGAAAAGAAGGAAAGGCUUCGUGAAGAUCGCGCUGAGGAAUGGGACACCUCUCGUACCUGUGUUUUCGUUCGGCGAAACGGAUGUAUACGAUCAGGUUUACAGGCCAAAGGACUCGUAUCUGCGGAGAGCACAGGACUCCAUUCGGAAGAAAAUAGGUCUAGCUCCGGUCCUUCUGAUAGGACGAGGAUUCUUUCAGUAUUCCUUUGGUAUCAUCCCACGUCGAAAACGUCUCACUGUUGUCGUCGGCAGUCCCUUGGAGUUGCCAAAGAUACCUGAACCAACUCCAGAACAGGUCGACGAAUACCACCAGAAAUUCAUAGAUCGCUUGGUCGAGCUUUUCGAGAGCCACAAGCACAAAUACGUGGAGAACGCCGAUUCGGUAACCCUGGAGUUGUUAUCGUGAUACGGAUUACCACGCAGUAGUGAUACGCGACGAAUCUGUGUAUCUUUGUGGAAACUUUCGAGAGAAGGUAUUCUUUUUCAUUUACCUUGUCUUGCCAUUCCUUGUUCGAAAUGCAGUCGCGGAAUUUCAUCCGCGAGAAGUGUACGGUACUGUACAGAGGUAUCCACUUGCUCGGUAUCCGUCGGUAAAGGAACGUGUCCAAAU